AUGUCCAUUUCUGGGACGCUUAGCAGCUAUUAUGUCGACUCGAUCAUAAGUCACGACAGUGAGGACGCGCCUCCGGCCAAGUUUCCUUCCGGCCAGUACGCGAGCCCCCGGCAGCCGGGCCACGCCGAGCACCUGGAGUUCCCCUCGUGCAGCUUCCAGCCCAAAGCGCCGGUGUUCGGCGCCUCCUGGGCGCCGCUGAGCCCGCACGCGUCCGGGAGCCUGCCGUCCGUCUACCACCCCUACAUCCAGCCCCAGGGCGUCCCGCCGGCCGAGAGCAGGUACCUCCGCACCUGGCUGGAGCCCGCGCCGCGCGGCGAAGCUGCCCCGGGGCAGGGCCAGGCGGCGGUGAAGGCGGAGCCGCUGCUGGGCGCGCCUGGGGAGCUGCUCAAGCAGGGCACGCCCGAGUACAGUUUGGAAACUUCGGCGGGCAGGGAGGCCGUCCUGUCUAAUCAAAGACCCGGCUACGGGGACAAUAAAAUUUGCGAAGGAAGCGAGGACAAAGAGAGGCCGGAUCAAACCAACCCCUCUGCCAACUGGCUGCACGCUCGCUCUUCCAGGAAAAAGCGCUGUCCCUACACCAAAUACCAGACGCUGGAGCUAGAGAAGGAGUUUCUGUUCAAUAUGUACCUCACCAGGGACCGUAGGCACGAAGUGGCCAGACUCCUCAAUCUGAGUGAGAGACAAGUCAAAAUCUGGUUUCAGAACCGACGGAUGAAAAUGAAGAAAAUGAAUAAGGAACAGGGCAAAGAGUAA